AUGCCUGAUUCAACAAAACAUCCAGAGGGCAUACCUCUGCACCAGGCACAGGUGCAAAGGCAUAAUGCCAGACGGUCCCCCAACGCACUACAGCUUAUUGCGACUUCAUUGCUCUUAUAUGCAUCCAUCUCAUGCUACUAUGUUCUGUCGUUCCAGUCGCGGGAACUUGCAUCUACUCCAUACCUGAAAGCACAGCAAUGCACUAUUGAUAAUCUACAUGCCGACUUGUCCUUUCUCGACCCCGCCGUACCUAUCUCUGCAGAAGAAUUCCUUGAACGCAGAGAUCGACUCGCCCAAGCUCUGGUUGCAUCAAAUGUAGAUGCAUUCGUCUUAGAACCUGGCUACACUUUUCAAUAUUAUGGCAACAUCUCUCAGGUUGACUGGGAACCUUGGGAGCCUGAAGAGCGGCCAUUCCUCAUGUUCAUCCUCCCUCAUGUGUCUUCUUCUGGUCAGGUGAGCGCCAAGACUGCCUUUUUGUCGCCUCAUUUUGAAGAGGGCAGGGUACGGAUGCUCGGUAUACCAACAAGGGAAGACGAACUGGACAUUGUCAUCUGGGAAGAGCAUUGGAACCCGUACGACACGCUGCUCAAGUCACGUCUCUUCGAUGGCCAUCAUGGAAAGCUCAUGGUUGACGAGGAAAUUCGUGACUUCAUCGUCAGAGGACUGGAUGCUGCCGGGUUCGAGACUGUCGGCCUCUCUCAGGAAGUUGAACUCGUGAAGCAGCAAAAAAGCCCUGCGGAGGUCGAAUUGCUUCGCGUUGUCAAUACUGGGACUGUUGUCGCUGUCAGAGCGAUGCGACCUUGUCUGGUGCCAGGGCUUACAGAAGAUGAAGUCACCGAGAUUCUCAACUCUGCUCUCCUCUCCAUCAACUUUGGACUGUUCUUCAAUAUUGUGUUGUUCGAGGAGCACGGAGCGCUUCCUCAUGGGGGUUUUGUCACUGGCUUCAAAAAGUUGACCCCUGAGAGCAUGGUUGUCAUCGAUGUUGGUGCCCAUUAUCUGGGCUACAGUUCGGAUAUUUGUCGCAGCUUCUUCAUCGAUCCACCAAAGCCACAGGUACAUACUAUGAUGGGUUCCCUGCUGAAGUCGUGGAUCCAAAACCCGGAGGCACGACAGCAUCUCAUUGCGGACUCUGAGCUGCGUGCCGAGAAGCUAAGGGUCUGGGACAUUGUGUUGGAGGCACAAUCAGCUGCCGCCUCUGCUUUCAAGCCGAAUAACACAGCAGCAAGUGUGGAUAUUGCAGCUCGUCAAGUCAUUGAAGACGCUGGCUAUGGAUACGCCUUCACGCAUCGUUUGGGUCACGGUAUCGGUAUUAAAGCUCACGAGUCGCCGUACUUGAACAAGUGGAACAAAGAUAUCUUGCUUAAGCCCGGUAUGACAUUCACGAACGAGCCUGGAAUCUAUUUGGAAAAUAGAUUUGGCGUCAGACACGAAGACAUCUAUUUGGUCAAAGCAUCGGGCGAGGCAGAGUUGCUCACUGGCCGUAGGGCGACUGGACCAUACGAUCCAUAA